UACAUCGUCGGCUGCUUGUCGACAUGCGACGACGAACUCAAGGACGGCUCAUGCUCUGUUACUCGCGGCUGCUGCCAGCUGGACCUCCCAAGGGGCGUGAGGACUUAUCAAGGCUAUUUUAACUCGUUGUACAACACCAGCGCGAUGUGGAGGGAAACGCCUUGCAAUUAUGUCACUGUGAUGGAAAGCGCGGCCUUCAACUUCAGCACCGCCUAUCUUACCUCGACGGAGUUCUUUGACAGAGAUGACUCGAGGGUCCCAGUUGUGAUGGAGUGGGCGGUUUCACGGAAUACAUGUGAAGAAGCCAGAAUCAACACUACAUCCUAUGCGUGUGUCAGCGACAAUAGCUACUGUUUCAUAAAUGAUGCGGGCUACGCCUGUAACUGCUCAUUGGGAUACAAGGGCAACCCUUACACCGUCGACGGGUGCACAGAUAUCAAUGAGUGCCUAGACAAUGUUACUUACCCGUGUGCUGGAAUUUGCAAAAAUACACCGGGGAGUUUCACUUGUUCAGGCCCACGGGGGGACAGCAUGGUUGGUGGUGUUUGCGUGAAAGAUCGUCGGAUGUCGAUAAUUUGGAUAGCGCCAGUUGUUGGUACAAGUCUUUUGCUUCUGUCACUCGGUGGGCCAUUCAUCGUGCGUAAAAUCAAACAACAGAAGGUAAACAAGAUGAAGCAAAAAAAUUUCAACCAAAAUCACGGGUUACUACUGCAGCAAUUAGUAUCACACAACUCAGACAUUGGUGAGAGAAUGAUAAUUACCUUAAGGGAGCUGGAGAAGGCCACGAACAAUUUUGAUAGAGCUCGAGUGGUUGGUGGUGGAGGUCAUGGAGUUGUGUUUAAAGGAAUUCUAGAUCUGCAUGUUGUGGCGAUCAAGAAAUCAAAGAUAGUAGUACAAAGAGAAAUCGAUGAGUUCAUCAAUGAAGUUGCAGUUCUUUCUCAAGUGAACCAUAGAAAUGUGGUGAGGCUUCUAGGAUGUUGCCUUGAGACAGAAGUCCCGUGGCUAGUUUAUGAGUUCAUUUCGAAUGGAACCCUUUAUAAUCAUCUCCAUGUUGAAGGACCAAUAUCUCUACUAUGGGUUGAUAGAAUAAGGAUUGCACUUGAAGUUGCUAGAGCUUUGUCCUAUCUACAUUCAGCUGCUUCUAUGCCAAUAUUUCAUAGAGAUAUCAAGUCAUCGAAUAUACUUCUUGAUGAUAGUUUAACAGCAAAAGUAUCAGACUUUGGAGCUUCAAGGUACAUCCCGAUUGAUCAAACAGGAGUAACUACUGUUAUUCAAGGAACAUUGGGAUAUUUGGACCCUAUGUAUCAUUACACAGGCCGACUAACAGACAAGAGUGACGUCUUCAGUUUUGGUGUUCUUCUUGUAGAAUUGCUUACUAGAAAGCAACCAUUCAUGUACAGAUCCAAUGGUGGUGACAAUCUUGUUUCACAUUUUGAGAAGAUGCUCGCAACAAACAACCUAGUGGAUAUAAUAGAUCCCCAAGUCAUGAAUGAAGCAGAUGCAGACCUACGAGAAGUAGCCACACUUGCGGCGAUAUGUACCAAGUUGAGGGGAGAAGACCGGCCUACAAUGAGGGAAGUGGAGAUGAAACUUGAAAACUUGUCAACAAAGCAAAAACUUGUUCCAGGCAUUACGACAACAAGGAGAAAUGACGAGGAUCAGGGGCGGAUCUAGCAAUGGGUCAGCCGGGCCUCGAGCCCCUCCUACCCAUGCUAGAAGUAUGAAGCCCCUCCUAAGCACCCCUAUAAAUUUGUAGCCAUUGAAGCUUGAAAAGUGUAGCUAUAGGUAGAAGAUGAAGAGAAUAAGCCCCUCCUAAUAUUUUUUCUAGAUCCACCACUGACGAGGAUCCAAUACAUGUCAAUUGAACCGGUAACUAACGAGUCGAACAGGCAAUACACUAUUGAAGAGAAAAUACUAUUAUCGGCAAGUUACCCUCGAUGAACUUGUGUUGUCAUGAACAACAAUGAACUUCCUAGUUAUCUUCUAAAUUAUUAGGCAAAUCUCUGAGCACAAGCAUCUGAUGUACUGUAGAUUUGGCAUGGUUCCCAUAAACAGUAUA